UAAAUAAGAAAAUAUUUCUUAUCAUAUUAACACGUAAAAUUUUCUAAUUAUUUGGGAUAUCAUAUUCAGAUUAAAUAUACAUGUAUUUAGAAAGAUUCAAGGUUACAUGAUUGAAUGAUAGAUGGCACAAUAGAUACAUACGAUACCUAUAACAAUGCGUGUCCAGUCUUCCGAAGUUGGGUUGCUUGCAUUAUUGAAAUAAGUGCCGAUGGAUUAGUAUGUUUGAAUUUUUUCUUUGAUGUUAAUAAUAAGUGAUUAAAUGGAUAUUUUAUUGCAACUUCAUCGAUGCAGAUGUAAUUCAUUUUUAAGAUUAAAAAUAGCAUCUUACCGACAUAUAAAUACUUGCGAAAGUACAGUGCUCAAGAAAUUAGAUCAAGCCAAGAUUAGCGAGUCUAUUAUAAAUAAAGAAACGAUAAAUAAACUUGAAAAAUUAUCCUUAAUUGGAUAUGAUAAUGAUCGUGGUAUUGCGACCUUAAAAGCAGCUGUGAAUUUUUCCGAACGUUUACGAAAUUUUGAAAUACCUGAAGAAGUUCAACCACUGUACAAUCCUUUAGAAGAGAAUAAUUUAUAUUUACGAGAGGACAAGGUGCUGGACAUUAAUAAUCGUCGGGAAAUUUUAAAAAAUGCAGCAGUUUUAGAAGAAGAAUAUUUUAUAGUACCUUUGCAAAAUCUUAAGAAUAAAUCAUGAGUAUAGAACAUGUUCUAAAAACUAUAGGUACAACGUUCAUAAACUUCUCUAAAAAUGGAUUCACUUAUGGAUUGCAAGAAUCGAGAAAACUAAAAAAUCGUGAAAUAAUUGACAUUGAAGUAUUAUUUCCUUUUGGUAAUAUAAUUGUAGAGUCCAUUAUUUAUCAACACGAUGUACACAAACUAUUUGUAGAGGUAUUGUCUUAUUCAUAUAACAAAUAUGUAAAAUCCAUAUAA